UACAAAGCAGCAUGGCAGUGCUGACAGGGGAGAAAUAUGUGUUGUUUACACACAGACCUCUCCCAUUUCUCUGUUCCUCAGUGAUCACUGGGUGCUGGCGGGGAAUCUCCGGCAGGGACCCGGUGAUCGACAGCUGUAGCCGUCAAUGGACCUCUGUGUGAGGUCCCAGUUCAUGUGAUCACUGAUUGGCCAAUCAAUGAUCACAUGAGCAUUGACAUCAUUGCUUACUACUUGUGAAAUCUGUGAAUGAUCACAGAGGUCACAUGGUACAAGGCCAUUCACAACAGACUUGUACCAUGUGACAAGCUGUAACCAAUCACAGUUGUCGCAGUA